AUGCAAGAGAGUCAAGGGGACGCGAGCGUUCUUGAGGAACUUUUCAAAAAGUACUCCAUUGAUGUCAAUGCAUACGACAGUUCUGGGCUCACCCUUUUGCAUCAUGCCGCAAUGUUGGGUUAUGAUGAUUCUAUAUAUGUUCUUUUUCAAUACGGUGCUAAUUUAAAUCAACUGACCGUGACUAACAAGAGCGUGGCAGCUGUUGCAUCGGAAGCUGGAUUUGAAAACACAGCGCAGUUUGUAAGUACGCUGUGCGAGGAAAAUAACGCGUUUCUUACUGCGAUUCAAAAUCGUGAUCUAGAAUAUAUUAAGGCGCACGACAAAUGUCCGGACUGUAAAUUCUACCGAACUGCCAAUGGUUUGUUUCCCCUCCAUUACGCCUGCAAUCUCGCUGCCUACGAGAUCGUGAACGAGCUGCUCUCCGUCGGGUUCGAUCCUAAUCAGCCGGACAGUUUCGGCCGCACUCCUCUGCACUGGGCGGCGCUUCUCCUCGACUGGGACCUCUUUUCCACACUGAUCUCCCACGGGAGCGAUCUGCAGGCGCGCUCGCUGACGGGCAAAACGCCGGUCUGUCUCUGCUACCAUUUCCUCAAAGACACCCCCUCCAGCGACUUCUCCUCUCUCUGCGACGCGGUUUCCCCGGUUUCUCCUUUUCACGGGUAG